GGGGGGCUGUAAACAAGUUCUGCUCUCAGUGUCAGUGUCUGUUCUUCUCUUCACUCUCAUUCUCGGAGGCCUUCGCUUCAACCUCACGAUGUGGAGAGGGGUUUUAUUAGCCUGCCUGCUUCUACACACAGCAAAGGCAGAGGAGAGCUCCAAAGGACCGAUAUACCUGGUCACGGUUCCCGCUCAAAUUUUCGGAGGCACCACAGAGACAUUCUGCGCCCAGCUCCUCCACCCCAAUGAGAGCCUCACUUUCACUGUCACCAUGGAGACCAAUGCUGACAACGUGACUCUCCUGGAAGAGAAGGUGAAGGACAGUGAGUUCUACCGAUGUGUCCCCUUUCAGGUUCCAGUGUUCCCUGAAGAAACCAUUGUGUAUCUCCGAGCUGAAGUGAAAGGAAAAACAGUCCAUUUGGAGAAAACACAAAAAGUCCUGAUUAGUUCAACUAAUCCCCUGACGUUUAUACAGACAGACAAACCCAUCUAUAAACCUGGCCAGACAGUUAAAUUUCGAAUUGUCACGCUGGACACACAUUUUGUCCCUAUCAAUGAAAAGUACAAAACUGUGGAACUGCAGGACCCCGCGACUAAUCGCAUCGCUCAGUGGCUGGACAGGACGUCCGUCAGCGGGAUUCUGGACUUGUCACACCCCCUCAGUUCCGAAGCCCCUCAAGGAACAUACACACUGCGCGCAGAGACAGACAGUGGCAAUCACAUUAGCCAGUCUUUUAACAUCAAGGAGUACGUCCUACCCAAGUAUGAGGUGAAGGUUCAUCUCCCCAAAUCAAUCACUAUCUUGGACACAGAGGUCACAGUCAAGAUCUGUGCAAAGUACACCUAUGGGAAGCCUGUCUUGGGGAAGGUAACAGGAACAUUUUGCCGGCCAAGUUGGAGGAUGUACUACUGGCAUCGAAGGCCUGAUAAUGUGGAGAACAACGACAUCUGCCAUAUGUUUAUCGCUCAGACUGACAAGACUGGCUGUGUGACCAAAGUUAUUGAUCUGAAAGACUUUGCAUUGAAUGCGACUGGCUACUCUGAUAGCUUUAAUGUGGAGUGUGAUCUGGAAGAAGAAGGAACAGGUGUUCAACUGAGUGGCUCCAGUUCCUGUAGAUUCACCUCUAACAUUAAUGAAGUCAGUUUCGAGGGGGCACAGAAUGCCUUUAAAAAGGGCAUCCCCUUUAAGGCAAAGAUCAAGAUGACGGGACCUGACUCUUCCCCCCUCCCAGACGAGAAGGUUCAUCUCAUCAUCCGAUGGGACAACCACACCGAGAUCAUGAACUUCACCACGGACAGCAGGGGCCUGGUCCCCAUCUCACUGGACACCUCAUCCUGGGACACCCAGUCUGUCAGGCUUGAGGCACGCUACUCUCUGCUGGAUAAUGUUUAUGAUUAUCAGUCGGUUCGUCCCACAUAUGGCACGGCCUUUCUGUUCCUCAAUCCCUUUUACUCCAAGAGCAAGAGUUUCCUGAAGAUCCAGGAGAAUGAGGGCAAGCUUCAGUGUGGAGAGGAAGCACCAAUAAGCAUCAGUUACAUCAUCCGGGGGGAGGAGCUGGGAAAGGGGGUGGAGUUUAUGGAUUUCUAUUAUCUGGUUUUAGCUAAAGGAAGCAUUGCUCGGAAUGGGCGUGUUGAGGUCCCGAUGAAGGCAGGACGAGUGUCAGAGGGAGAGUUCUCCUUCAAGCUGCCAGUGUCGUCAGACUUGGCCCCUUAUGCUCAGGUCCUUGUCUACGCUGUGUUCCCGAAUGGGGAGAUUGUUGCGGACAGCUUUGAUUUCCAGGUCGACAAGUGUUUUAAGAACAAGGUAGAUCUCAAGUUCUCAGCUCCUCAGGAGCUCCCUGGAGAGGACACCACUGUUCACCUGCGUGCUGAUCCUGGGUCCCUGUGUGCUCUCCGGGCGGUCGAUCAAAGCGUCAUACUGAUGGAGCCUGAUAAGGAACUGACUGUAGACACUGUAUACAACCUGCUCCCUGUUCAAAAGCAAUAUGGAUAUUCAUACAGAGUGGAGGACUAUGAACCCUACCCUUGCCUACCAUCUCCAUUUCACACACUGGACAAGCGCUCCAUAAUGCCUUACUACCGGAGGAGAUCGCAUAAUGAUGUAUACGGGAUCUUUAAGGGUCUGGGUCUGAAGAUUCUGUCUAACUCUGAUGUGAAGAAGCCAACUGAGUGUCAUGAAUUCAAUAAACCUAUGCUACUGUCUAGAUUCAGUUCACCGGGUGAGGCUGUGCCAGUGCAGGUGUUAGAGAAUUCUGUAAGCAAUCCAGAAGUCGUGUUCGGUCAAGCAAGCCCAGACAUUGCUUUGAAGGAGCCUGAGACUGUCCGGAAGUACUUCCCUGAGACAUGGAUCUGGGAGCUGGUUCCAGUUGGGGAGUCUGGCUCAGUGGAGAUUACACACACAGUCCCGGACACCAUCACAGAGUGGAAGGCAGGGGCGUUCUGCACAUCUCCUCUGGGAUUUGGUAUGUCGCCCCCAACUGGGCUCACAGCAUUCCAGCCCUUCUUCGUGGAGCUCACUCUACCCUACUCCGUCAUCAGAGGGGAACAGUUUGAACUGAAGGCCACUGUCUUCAACUACCUGUCCCAGUGUAUCAUGGUGAAGGUCAGCCAUGCAGAGUCUUCCCAGUUUCAGAUGACGCCCUGUGAAGGGUGUGAGUACACGACCUGCCUGUGUGCCGACGAAGCCCGGACGUUUCGCUGGGCUUUCAUCCCCUCGGCUCUGGGUGAGGUGAAUGUGACAGUCAGCGCUCAGGCUCUUCAGACAGACACUCUGUGUGGCAAUGAAGUGGUGGCUGUCCCUGAGAGAGGCCGCAUUGACACGGUCAUCCGCAAACUACUGGUGGAGGCUGAAGGAAUAGAACAGACUGUUACCCAGAAUGCACUGAUGUGUCCAGGAGGGAGUGCUGUGAAGGAGCAGAUGUCCUUGACGCUGCCAGAAGUGACCGUGAAUGGAUCAGCUAAGGCUUCCUUGUCGGUUCUCGGGGACCUGCUGGGCCGGGCCAUGCAGAAUCUGGACCGGCUCCUUGCCAUGCCCUUCGGCUGCGGAGAACAGAACAUGGUGCUCUUCGCUCCCAACAUCUACAUACUGAAAUACCUGCAGGGGACCAGGCAGCUGACUGAGGAGAUCAAAGCCAAAGCUACAAGAUUCCUGGAGAGUGGUUACCAGCGGGAACUGAACUACAAACAUGAAGAUGGCUCCUACAGUGCCUUUGGGAAGAGCGAUGACUCUGGAAACACCUGGUUGACAGCCUUUGUCUUGAAGUCGUUUGGCGGGGCGCUGCCCUUCAUUUACAUUGACCCCAGACAUAUCAAGGACGCACAGGACUGGUUGGGCCGCCACCAGGAAAAGAAUGGCUGUUUCAUGAGCGUUGGAAAACUCUUCAACAACAACAUGAAGGGGGGAGUCGGGGACGAAGUGUCGCUGACAGCCUACAUCACUGCCGCCCUGCUAGAGGUGGAGACCCCUCUCACUGACCCCGUGUUAAACAGCAGUCUGGCUUGUCUGAGGUCUGCGGCCGACAAUAUAAGCAACACGUACACCACAGCACUUCUGUCCUACACCUUCAGCCUGGCAGGAGACCAGGAGAUGAGAUCAAAACUGCUCACUGAGCUGGAAGAGCAAGCACACAAGACAGAUGGCUCCCUGCACUGGUCACGCUCCAAACCCGAUUCUAGCAGGAGCGACUCUCUGGAAGUGGAGAUGACGGCCUACGUGCUGAUGUCUGUUCUCUCUGCACCCCAGCCGUCUGCCUCCGAUCUCAGCUAUGCUUCCCGGAUUGUCAAGUGGCUGGCUUACCAGCAGAACCCUUACGGAGGAUUCUCAUCUACGCAGGACACAGUGGUGGCUCUGCAGGCCCUGGCUCGCUACAGUGCCCUGGUCUUCUCCCCAGAGGGCUCCAGCACUCUCACAGUGCGUUCUAAAAGGGGCUUCAUGAGACAGUUUCACCUGGACCAGAGCAACAGGCUGCUCUACCAGGAGGAGCCACUGCAGGAAGUCCCUGGGGAAUACAGCGUGGAGGCAGAGGGCAAGAACUGCGUCUUCGUGCAGUUGGCACUGCGGUACAACAUCCCUCCCCCUCCCGGGUUCUCCACCUUCAGCAUCUCCGCGGAAGCGAGGGGGCUCUGCAAUGUCACUGACAAGAAGACCCUGAAAGUGCUCUUCACAGUCAGUUACAAUGGGAAAAGAGAGGAAACCAACAUGGUGAUCGUGAAUGUGAAACUGCUGUCUGGAUUCAGCCCUGAUAAGCGCUCUCUGGAGAAUCUUCAAAGAGCUCCCUUUGUGAAGCGUGUCGACACUGAGGACGGGCACGUCAUCGUCUAUAUUGAUGGGCUGAGACGAUUGCUACCCAUGAAUUACUCCUUCAACAUCAUUGAGGAUGUUAACGUGAGGAACCUGAAACCAGCUGUGGUCAAGAUCUACGACUACUACCAGACAAGUGAACAUGCUGAAUCUGAGUACAGCUCCCCCUGCCAUGAACCUGAGGAAGUCAAUAAAGUCUAACAGACCAGCUGACCAACACGGACCAUUCCCCAAAAUCAGCUUCCUGUAAUUCCUGCUGUAAUUGCUGUAUGUUCAGAAAAAGAAGCUUUUAAAGUCAAAUAAAUUUGCAGAAAUUGCAUUUGUAUAAAUGAA